AUAACCAGACCUAAUAUCAUAUUGGAAAAAUGGCGUCGUUUCGUCCGUUCUCCACUGCUAUAAAAGUACCAGAAUAUGCAAUCUAGGGUUUUUGUUGCCAGGGUUUCCCAUUCGCAGCUGCAGCAUCUAGCCUCCGAGCUCCAAAGCAGCGAAAAUGCCUUCACACAAGACUUUCAUGAUCAAGAAGAAAUUGGCGAAGAAGAUGAGGCAGAACAGGCCAAUCCCUCACUGGAUUCGCAUGAGAACCGACAACACUAUCAGGUACAAUGCUAAGCGCAGGCACUGGCGCCGUACUAAGCUAGGGUUUUAAGGUGGAAGAGAUUGUUCAAGUUUGAGCUCCUUUUUAAGUGUUUUGAUUUUUUUUUUUUUUUUUUUUUUGCGAGACUUAAAACAAGUUUUACAUUUUGGUUGGAACUUCUAGAGGAGUUAUUUAGAUGGCAUUUUAAUGAGAUUGUUGUUUAUUACUUCUGUUUAUUUUGAUAUUCCAAAUCAGAUUUAGUAUCUGUUUUCCACAUUAUGUAUUUUCCUCCUAUUUUAUGUUUUGCA